GUAAGGGGAAACCUAGAGGAUUGCAAAGCGCCCGCAAACUGCGUACACAUCGUCGAGAAGAACGGUGGGCAGAUAAACAUUAUAAAAAGCGGGCUUUGGGUACAGCAUAUAAAUCUUCUCCUUUUGGCGGAUCUUCUCAUGCUAAGGGUAUCGUGCUAGAAAAAAUUGGUGUUGAAGCCAAACAACCAAAUUCGGCUAUUAGAAAAUGUGUUCGUGUUCAAUUAAUAAAAAAUGGUAAAAAAGUUACAGCUUUCGUGCCGAAUGAUGGUUGUCUAAAUUAUGUCGAAGAAAAUGAUGAAGUAUUAAUCGCCGGUUUUGGUCGUAAGGGUCGCGCUGUUGGUGAUAUUCCCGGUGUCCGUUUCAAGGUGGUUAAAGUCUCUGGUGUAUCCUUACUGGCUCUUUACAAAGAAAAAAAGGAAAAACCGCGGUCUUAA